AUGUGGAACGUCCUUCAAAAGAAAGAUACAUCAGAGAUGGGUAGUGUCUUAGCUAUUUUCAUGGCUAUUUCAGCAACAAGGCCUCGUGCAGAUGUGGCAUAUUGCAUCCAUGCUCUGGCUAGGCGGUUAGCAAGAACACAUAACUGUUGCUCUGAAAACUCUUAUUGUUAUUCACCGUGCUUUGAGGGAAGUGGACCAAACCUUGGGUCCGUUCUUAUGCUAUUCUUAGAGGAGAGAUUAGAGUGUUUCCGUGUUUUGAAGUACGAUGUUGAGAUUGACCCCCCAAGAACCAACGAUUUGGACACUCCUGAUUUGCUUGAACAUCUUCCAGCUCUACAAUUAUUUUCUGCAUUACCAACAAGGAUUGGGAGCUUCCAGAGUACGCUUUCAACCAGUGACUUUAGCAGCAUUUGGUUUAUCUCCUUAACCAGUUCAUUUGCUAACAACAUAGAUAUAUUGAUGAAGCAGCUGGAGCAGUUUAAAGCACAGGAGAAACUUAUGAAGAAAAAAAGAAAAGGCAACAUCGAAAGCCAUGAAGAUGCUCCAAACUGGACGUACUAG